AUGGCCAUGGCUAAGGUCCAAGAAGCAACGUAUCGGUCCUUAAUGUGCAGCGGGCACUUGUACAGCGCCGAAGCACCGUUGCUGCCCAAGCCAUCGAAUAUCAACACAGCCUGGCCGGGCACCAACACCGACUUCAAGAAUUCAUCAUAUGGGUCCUCUUCAAGUGCAAACCAGGGUCAUGUUAAGCAAUUAGACCCGAUGUUAUACGAACAAAGACAGCAACAAUCUCCAAUGAUGAAGAUCGACAUAGCGAAGAGAAAACAUGUCCCUGAAGACAUCAAGGAGGUAAGGCUGCAAAUCGUGAAUCUAAGAGGCAUGUCUCUUAAGAAUUUGCCAGAUCCUUCACUAAUCAACAUUGGUGCUAUCUGCAAAUUAGAUCUCUCCAAUAACAAUCUUCAGAACAUACCAGAAUCAGUAACAGCUAGACUACUGAACUUGAUCAUAUUGGAUGUGCAUUCAAAUCAGCUCAAAUCUCUUCCGAAUUCCAUUGGAUGUUUGUCUAAGCUCAAGGUAUUGAAUGUCACCGGAAAUCUCCUCAAAUCUUUCCCUAGAACAAUCGAGAACUGCAGAUCAUUGGAAGAAAUCAGUGCAAAUUUCAACAAGCUAAUCAAGUUACCAGAAACAAUAGGUUAUAAACUUGUAAACCUAAAGAAACUAUCAGUCAAUGCCAACAAGCUAAUGUUCCUCCCAAACUCAAUCACUCACUUAAUCAACCUCCAAGUACUAGACGUCCGUCUCAACUGUCUCCGUUCCUUACCAGACGAUCUCGAAAACUUAAUCAAUCUCGAAAUCCUCGAUAUCUCUCAAAAUUUCCACCAUCUCGAGACUCUUCCAUACUCACUCGGCCUUCUUCUAUCCUUAAUCGAACUCGACGUGAGUUAUAACAAGAUUAUCGAGUUACCCGAGUCGAUUAGUUACCUAAGGAAACUUCGUAGGCUGAGUGUGGAAGGGAAUCCACUUGUACAUCCGCCUAUUGAAGUCUGCGAGCAUGGAUUCAACGCGGUGAAACAAUACUUGACGGAGAAGAAUGGUAAUGGAGGUCGGAAGGAAUCGCCGAGAAAGAAGACAUGGUUGGGGAAGAUGAUGAGGUGGGGGAGCUUCAAUGGAGGGAGUAAUGGAGGUGAAACUGUGAUGUAUGAAGAGAGAAGACGAGGAAUUGGUGGAUAUGCAAUUGAUGGUUUUGUUUCACGAAGGUAUUUAGGUAUGUCUUUUCCUCGACGAAUGUUGUGUGCUAAAACUUAUUUCACUAAAUCUUAG